UGCGCAAAACGUUUGGAACUGCGCUGACCAAUUUACAGCAAUUUAUAACCUGAAACUAUUAGUAUCGAUAAUUACUGAGACUUUCUGCUUAUCGUCAAUUGACCGUUUUUUUUUACCCUCAAGGAGAGAAGAAGAGACAAACAUUUGAAGAUAUAUUGAAUGAAUCUUUUGUUCUGUCAGUGAAAGUUCUAUUCACGAGUUAUCGGAGGUUAGGGUCAAAUGACGUAAUGUUGAAGGACAGGAAACAUUGUUCUUAGGUACAGUGCAUCAAGCGUGCAAACUGGCUGCCAAUUGCUGGCUUAAUGGUGCGAACAGGAAAAGUUCUAAUCACCCGAAGUAGACGAAAAAAGCAGUUCCAGAUAAAAGUGAUACCACCGAUUUACUAACAAGGUAUUUUGCAAAUAUGUUUCAUCCGGUAAGGAGUUUCCUUGUGACGUACUGUCGUAGUAAACGGUCUCAAGCCUUGGGAGUCAUCAGUCGAGAAUUUUCCAUAGAUGCUAACAUUGACAGAAGAGAAGUUAUUAUUGAUGAAUUUAAAAAUGGCCCAAGGGAUACUCGUGCAUUAUACAUGGAUGCACAAGCUACGACGCCAAUGGAUCCAAGAGUCCUUGAUCAGAUGAUGCCAUAUCUAACAUCUUUGUAUGGAAAUCCGCAUUCACGAACGCAUAUGUAUGGCUGGGAAUCUGAAGCCGCUGUAGAAUGUGCACGCGAGCAAAUUGCAGAUUUAAUCGGUGCAAAUAAAAAGGAAAUUAUCUUCACAUCAGGUGCCACUGAAUGUAACAAUAUAGCCGUAAAGGGUGUUGCAAGAUUCUACAAGGCAAAAAAGAGGCAUAUUGUGACAACACAGACAGAGCACAAAUGUGUCUUGGAUUCAUGCAGAGCAUUGGAGGCAGAACAAUUCGAAGUUACUUAUCUUUCUGUUCAAGAAAAUGGUCUUAUUUGUCUCGACCAGUUGGAAGAGGCUAUUAGGCCCGAUACAUCUCUCGUUUCGAUAAUGGCAGUAAAUAAUGAAAUUGGAGUUAAACAACCGAUCGAAGAAAUAGGUGCUAUUUGUAGAAAGAAGAAAGUAUUCUUCCACACGGAUGCAGCUCAAGCUGUAGGAAAGGUACCGAUGGAUGUUAAUGCAUUUAACAUCGAUCUCAUGUCAAUCAGUGGACACAAAAUAUAUGGACCAAAAGGUAUUGGAGCCUUGUAUGUCAGACGAAGACCUAGGGUACGUGUGGAACCAUUACAGAGCGGAGGUGGUCAGGAGCGAGGAAUGCGAAGUGGAACUGUACCUGCUCCCCUGGCAGUGGGAUUGGGUGCAGCUUGUGAAAUAUCUAAACAGGAAAUGGAGUAUGAUCAUCAACACAUCUCAGGACUGGCAGAUCAUUUGGUCAAGAAAAUAAUGUCAAACCUCCCUCAUGUUAUACGUAACGGAGAUCCAGUGUUUUGGUAUCCAGGAUGUGUCAACUUAUCCUUUGCUUAUGUCGAAGGAGAAUCACUUUUAAUGGCCCUGAAAGAUGUUGCCUUGAGUAGUGGUUCAGCAUGUACCAGUGCAAGUUUGGAGCCGAGUUAUGUUUUGAGGGCAAUUGGUGCAUCGGAGGAUUUGGCACACUCUAGCAUUAGAUUUGGAAUUGGACGUUUCACUACGUUAGAGGAGGUCGAUUACGCGGCAGAGAACACAAUUCGUCAUGUCAAACGAUUAAGGGAAAUGAGCCCACUGUGGGAGAUGGUAGAAGAAGGAAUAGACUUGAAGAGUAUUAAGUGGACUCAGCACUAAUGUUGAUCUGAUACAUUUCUUUUUUUUUUAGCAAUAUGAUAAAAUAGAAACUGGUAAUCUAAAUUAAACGUUGAGUUGAAUGACUCGUGUCUGAAACUAGUGAGUUCAUAAGAUCUUAUAAUUGAAGCAAAAGAAAGAAAUCACUGUAUUAGAGGGUUUGAUGACACAUGGAAUAAGAACGCUCUUCAUUGGCAAAAAGACACGUGCCAAGAAUGACAUGUGUAUUAGUGAGUAUCAAAAAGAUUCCAUAUUGUAUCAUUAAAUGCUGUACUGCAUUCUCCCUCCUCCCCUUCAACCUGGACAUAGGAACUGGCACUUAGGUAUCCAAUCGAUGAAUGAAAUCGUUAACCUUGGGGCACCCAAAUGGCCUAAUUAAAUUAAAUAAAUUAAUCAUAAAGCCUUA